AGACAAAUCUUCAAAUCUGGCAUCUCUGCUGCUAUGCGGUAUUGUUGAAAUUGUGAUUAUUUUAGUGUUUUGCUGGCUUCGAAAAUCUUGCAUCCUAUAAAUCAUAUAUAAUUGUUUGUGUCCUCAUUAAUAUUAUCAUGGACGAUGAUGCCGAAACCUAUAAGUUGUGGCGCAUUCGCAAAACCAUUAUGCAGUUGAGCCACGAUAGAGGUUAUCUUGUCACGCAAGAUGAAUUGGACCAGACGCUGGAGCAAUUCAAAGAACAAUUUGGUGACAAACCCAGCGAAAAACGACCAGCUCGGUCAGACUUGAUUGUACUUGUGGCACACAAUGAUGAUCCAACAGACCAGAUGUUCGUCUUCUUUCCGGACGAGCCAAAAAUCGGAAUUAAAACUAUCAAGACCUACUGUACCCGUAUGCAGGAAGAAAAUAUUCACCGCGCCAUAGUCGUCGUGCAGGCCGGGAUGACUCCAUCGGCGAAACAGUCUCUUGUCGAUAUGGCGCCCAAAUACAUUCUGGAGCAGUUUCUUGAAUCGGAGCUGCUGAUUAAUAUUACGGAACACGAGCUGGUUCCGGAACAUGUGGUUAUGACACCAGAAGAGAAGCAGGAACUUUUGGCUCGUUACAAAUUGAAGGAAAAUAUGUUAAUGCGGAUACAAGCCGGAGACCCGGUCGCUCGAUACUUCGGACUGAAACGCGGCCAGGUAGUUAAAAUUAUUCGACCUUCAGAAACGGCCGGGAGGUAUAUUUCAUAUAGAUUAGUUUGUUAGGAAUAUUUGUGAUACGUUUUGGUAUGAGAAUAAUAAAACCGCGAAAACAUGGGAAAUUUA